UAUACCACGACACCACACCCACCAUCCAUCCACUCAACCUCAACCGCAAUUUGCAAGCAACAAUGUCGAAGCCAGUGCUCCCCCAAAACGACAAUGUCGCCCACGCCCUCGCCGGUGCCGGCGGCGGUCUCCUCUCCAUGGCCCUGACGUAAGGCCACCACAAAGCUCCUCCUCCUGCCGUGUAUCCCCAAACGAGAGGCUCCUUUUCUAACCCGCGCGCAUGUGCUUCCGUCAAACAGCUACCCUCUCAUCACCCUCUCCACCCGAGCCCAAGUUGAAUCGAAGCGCGCCGACUCGGCCUUCCUCACAGCCGUCCAAAAGAUUGUCGCCCGCGAGGGCGUCUCGGGCCUCUACUCGGGUCUCGAAUCCGCCCUCUUCGGCAUCAGCGUCACCAACUUCGUCUACUACUACUGGUACGAGUUCACCCGCGCCUUCUUCGAGGCCGCCGCCGAAAAGGCCGGCCGCGCCUCCAAGAAGCUCACGACCGUCGAGUCCAUGAUCGCCGGCGCCAUCGCCGGCUCCGCGACCGUCAUCAUCACGAACCCCAUCUGGGUCGUCAACACCCGCAUGACUACCCGCGGCGGGAACAAUGCCAAUAAGGGCAAGGAAGCCGGCGGCGCCUCCACCGACGAGGAAGCCCAGGUCGCGAAGCCCAAGAAGGCGCCCUCGACUAUUGGCACCCUGCUCGCGCUCAUCAAGAACGAGGGCCCCCAGGCGCUCUUCAACGGCGUUAUUCCGGCGCUGGUGCUCGUCAUUAACCCGAUUCUGCAGUACACCCUCUUUGAGCAGAUGAAGAACACGGUCGAGAAGAAGAGGCGGGUCACGCCGACCAUUGCCUUCUUCCUCGGCGCCGCAGGCAAGCUGUUUGCGACCUCGGUUACCUACCCGUACAUCACGGUCAAGAGCCAGAUGCACGUCGCCGGCAACGGCGAGAAGAAGGAGGGCAUGUCCCAGGCUAUUAGCAGGGUCAUCCGGGAGGAGGGCUACGCUGGUCUUUACAAGGGUAUUGGCCCCAAGGUCACCCAGAGUGUGUUGACCGCCGCAUUGCUCUUCGCCUUCAAGGACGUUCUCUACGAGCAGACCGUCAAGCUUAGGACGAUUGCCGCCAAGAAGCGCGCGUAAAUCACAUCAACAGAGCCAAACUUAAUCCCCCUGCCCCGAGGUCAGAUAAUUUGACCUCGGGUUUGUGGAGGGAAUUCAACAGCGCAUAUAUAUAGAAUAAGCAAGCUAGAGGCAACAAUGCGCAUCAUCAGCGUGGGCCGCUCAGCAUAUAUGCAAGCAGUCAUUUUCAUGACAGACAAAUACCUGUAUUGAUUUAUUUGUGGGAAUAUCAACACGGGGUAAAAACGGGCUGGAUAAAGCGUUGGACACAUGGGGGUUCCUUGGGAUUUAAGUAUCACAUGAUUCCCGGCAAAUUUGGGAAGGGAUGUGUAUUCUAUGAAGGUUUUUUUUUUCUCCUUAGAAAGUAGGAUAUUGAUAAAUC